ACCUCCUUGUUGCUGAUAAGAAGCACAAGUUCAGACAGUUGUCUGGUAGUCUCCAAACUUCUCGAGCAGUGUUCUUUCGGCUUCCUUUGUUCUUCAUUCCUACAGAUUUUUUUUUUAAACUGAAAGCAAGAUGAUGCUUAUCAUAGUCUUACUUUUCAUAUCGUUCUCCGAUUUUUGUAAUUCUGAUAAUUCUUUCUUUAUGAAACAAAUGGACGUAACCUCAACUGCCGGUUUGUAAUGUCAAUGAUGGUCAAGUAAAGAAAAUGUCAUCCCUUACCAACAUGACCCACUUUGGUGAUGUGUUGAGAAAUAUUCUCAUCCCAAGAGUUGUGGGUACACCAAAUCAUGAGCGUGUAAAAAAUUACCUUGUGGAAUCCAUGCAAGAACUUGGUUGGUCCGUCGAGCAAGACUCUUUCAAAGAUACGGUGCCUGUACUCGGAGAACUUCAGUUCACAAACGUGGUUGCGAAGCUCAACCCUGAUGCCCAACGGUUUCUCAUGUUGGCUUGCCAUUAUGACUCCAAGUACAUGAAUGGACUCGACUUUGUGGGAGCAACUGAUUCCGCCGUGCCGUGCGCCAUGAUGAUCAACCUCGCAUACGUAAUGAAAGACUAUCUGAGUUCUAUCAAAGGAAAUGAUCACAUAAGUCUGGCGUUCAUCUUCUUUGACGGGGAAGAAGCAUUCCUGGAGUGGAACGCGACCGAUUCAAUUUACGGUGCACGGCACUUGGCCCAGCUGUGGCAGAACACGCCCUACCCUGUGGCUGGGACCAACCAGCUCUGGCGUAUGGAAUUAUUGAUGCUGUUGGAUCUCCUUGGAGCUUCGAGACCACUGUUCUACAGCUACUUUCCGAACACGUCGGACAAGUACAACGUUCUUCUCGAUGCAGAAGACAGGUUAUGGGCGCUGAACCUGUUUGAGCGGUACUCGCCAGCAGAGAGGUACUUCUUCAAUCAGACAGUGUGGGCGGGCAUAGAAGACGACCACUUGCCGUUCCUGCUAAAUGGAGUGCCUGUUCUUCACAUCAUUCCGUACACGUUCCCAUCCGUGUGGCACACACUUCAAGACAACCUCAGCGUUGUCAACAUGACAACUUGUGAAAAUUUGAACAAAAUCUGGAGAAUAUUUGUAGCAUGCUAUCUUCACAUUGAUGUCUGAGCUUGCGUAGCAUUUUUGCUUAUAAUAUGUUUAUUUGUUAAUUUUCUUGAAACUUGUAUAAAUAUGUUUAGACUUCACUUUCGCUAGCACGUGCUCCAUUUGCGCUCUUUCUAUGUCUUUGCAUGUGGCUAUGAGUUUUCAAAAGAACUAACUUAGAUAAUCGUAGUUCUUGUUUCAGUCAGUUCUGAUAUUUAGCUAGUUUUAUCUUUCUGCUUUUUUUAUUAUUUAUUUACUUUUUCUUAUUAUUAUUAUUUUCAUUGUUUAUAGACAGGUUUGUGCACAUUUGAACUUGAACUCUUCAGUACGCUCAUGUACACACUUUUGUUUUUAUAAUUGUAAUUGUUAUUUAGUUAACCUAAAAUAAAAGUUAUGUAUUUGAA